UGGUCGAAGGCCGCGAUAAUUUGCGUGUCAGGGACGAAAAUGCCUCAUUGGAGCUAAGCUAGAGGAUACCCAUUGCUUCGUCGCCAUCGAGAAUCGACGCUCUAGCAACCAUCCAACGUAUAUGAUGCAAUCCACAUCUUUCGAGCGUGGAAACCGGGGCCAGCAGGUGGGGCAGAACUACGGGACGAUCAACAAUGAAUUCCACUUGCCACUAGGUAAGAACGCCCGGAAACCCCACCGGCCCCCUUCGCGACCAUUCCCUUCUCGCGCGACCCCGAUUUCGUCAACCGCGGAGACAUUCUCGAGCAAAUUGGGCCAGCGAUGUUCCGAACCCGCGGCUUGUGUGGCGCUCGUCGGCCUCGGUGGGGUCGGCAAAUCGCAGCUAGCCAUCGAAUAUGCACACCGGAUUGCCAUAGGGCAGCCUGACAGAUGGGUGUUCUAGGUCCACGCUGGUACGUAGGCGCGCGUCGAAGAGGGCUUCAGGACAAUUGGCGACGCCGUCAAGCUGCCCGGCCGGAACCAACCCAAAGCGGACAUCGCACAGCUUGUUGCCGACGAUCUCGAUAUAUUUAUUAU